AUGGAUAAUUCAGCGCAUCCAAACUCUCCAAAUGAACAAAGUAUACAGACACGUAAACCUAAUGAAACAGACUCAUUGAGUUCUAAUGAAUCAAAACUUACAUCAGAGCAUGAAACAACAACGUCUUCAUCUUCAGAUGAAACAGACGAAAAACAAACAUUUACUAGAAAUAAACAUUCUGAAAAUGAAAAUAAUGGUGACGAAGAUGUUCAUAAGGAUAAACUGGCAAAAGGUAGGCAAAGAAAGGUUCAUAAAAGGAAGAAGAAAUCUAGUAAAUCCAAACAACAAAUUGAAUCAAAUCCCAACCCUGCAUCUAGCUCCGAUCAAUCUAAUGAGGUGGGGAAAGGUACAUCUGAAAACAAGGAUACUACAACUGAACCUUCAAAAGAUGAAAAAGACUUUACAGAAGCACAAGAAGACUCUUCGAAAGCUACAGCCACAGCACAAUCACCAGCCGUAAAACCUACUCUUUCAAUCGAAGUUGUUCAAGAACCAGAUACGAAACCUACCCUAAGAAGACCCAGUAGGGGUGGAGGACCAAAAAGACUUAAGUCUAAAACUCGGAAUGGAAGAAGAAACCCUUUGAUGAUGCCAAAGCCAGUUGAACCUCCUCCUCCACCACCUGCCCCUCCUCCAGCUCCCGUCGAGCCAGAAAAGCCUACGACUGAAAACACGGAAGAAACGAAGGAAGUCGUUGCACCUCUACCAGUAGUAAAGACUCCUAUCAACAUCUGUGUAAGAGAAGACUGGAGAGCUCGUGCAACCAAGUAUCCAAAGGAUUUGGAAGUCGAAGAAACUGCCCUUAAACUACCAGCUGUGGGGGUUGUGUUCAUUACUAACACUGAAGUGGACGAGUGCAAAUCAUGGGCGCAUUGUGCUCAUGAAGUGAGAAAAAUCCAAAACUACCACAUGGACGUGUUGGGCCUUAAGGACAUAGCUUACAACUGGUUAAUAGGAGGUGACAUGACUGUAUUUGAAGGUCUAGGCUGGGAUAGACGUGGUCCGGCUGCAAGCAAUACAGAAGUCAACAAGUUUUUGGGACACGAUGUAUACAUUGGCUUCUUAGGUCAAUACACAGCUGAGACCAUCCCCCUGAAUACACUUCAUCAUGCGCUUGCCUUCAUACACUUAAGUAUGCCAACGUAUAUCGCAGAAGAGUACAACACUCACGUGUAUGACAGUUUAGAGAUCCUAGAUGACAAAAAUUAUGAUUUCGUUCAAGAUAUAUGACCCUUGUAGUUAACAUCUAGUUGUACUUUUUUACUUUAUUUACACAAAUACAAUUUUCCUUAAACCUAUGCUGCAUCA